AGCCCGUCCACCCCACUCUUUCUGCCCAUGACGCGGUAUGGAAUAUUCAGCAACAAAUUAGUACUUAAUCUUCGUUAUCAACUCAGUGUGAGGUCGUCAAUCCUUUGGUCUUGACUCUUGAGAUGGGUUGGGGGAGGAAGAAGAAGCCAAAGUCCGAUAUAGAGCACAAGAGAGGGGCAAUAUUAUUAGAAGAUCUCAUCAAAUGUUGCGAUGGCAAAUCCAAUCCCAUAAAACUCUUCUCUACUGAUGAAAUCCGCAAAGCCACCGACAAUUUCAGUGAGUCGAAUUAUGUUUACGAAUUAUCUGAUUUUGACUGCAAAUGGUAUUCAGGUAAGAACGAGAACCACCACAAAAUACUCAUCAAGAAAGCUGACGAUGGCUUAUAUAACUAUCGACAGGGACAUUUGUGCCGCGACAUAGCAGUUUCAUCGAUUGUGAGCGGUCACAAAAACUUUUUGAAAUUGGUUGGAUGUUGUCUUGAGUCUGAAAAUCCAGUAAUGGUUUAUCAUGGUGUAAAGAGACAUUACAAACUAAAUUUAAGUGAACAGACGUGGAAAAGGAGAAUGAAGUUAGCGGAAGAUAUCACUACUGCUUUAGCUUACCUCCACACUGCGUUCCCAAGGCCCUUCGUACAUACGAGUAUGUCUCUUGGGAAUAUAUUUUUGGAUGAAGAUGGGGUCGUGAAGCUGAGUGAUUUCUCUUGUUGCGUCUCGAUUCCAGAAGGAGAAACAUUUGUCGAGGUUGACAAAGUAGUGGGAACAUAUAAUUACUUGGACGAUAAAUACAUGAGAAAUGGCGUAGUCUCGGAGGAAACCGAUGUCUUUGCCAUUGGAAUGUUUAUGAUACUAAAUAUUCUAACCGGAACGGAAAGCUUUUUGGAUUUUUAUCUAGAAGAAAAAGAAGAAGAAAAAGAACAAGGUGAAGGUGAAGAUUAUGGUACUGAUUAUGAAUUUGAGAGUAAGAUGAGAAGACGUCUUCAAAAUUGGCUGUCAAAAUUAAAGGAAGACCGACACAUGGAUGAGAUCGCAGAUCCAAAGAUGCUAGAAAAGAUGGAUCAAAUUUCAGAACAAGAGCUUUGUCAAAUGGAAGCUUUCUUGAUGCUCUCACUGAGAUGCAUGAUUUCUCUCAUGGCCUUUUUAACUACUUGACUUCCAUUAAAUUUACUAACAAAUUCAAACAAUAAAAAUACAAAUUGACAAACACGUGGUGGCAGAGGUCAAAAGUAAUCAAAA